CAUAUUCUCACAUUUGAUUUUGUUUGUCGCAGACUCACUGAUGCACUCAGCCUAACGGACUCAGCUCAUCAGACAUUCCUUUCCUUCAUCUGCCACCUUCUCAACAGCCCAUUUGAGCAACAAUAAAACGUACUCCUACUUCUAUCAAAAACCGAAACAAAAACUACUCCUUGCUUUCCCAAUGGCUUCUACUAAUUCUUCUUGUUUCUCUUCUGCCCAUUUGGCUGCUUCACGUGUCCCUUCGCUUCCUUCUCGUACCCUCACCCCCAGCGCCAACACAAUCUCCUUUUCCUUCCGCUUGCUGCCCAAAACGGCAACUCUCAAGACCCGAAAGGCACCUUUUUCACUUAAGAUACUUUGUAUGCGUGAAUCUAAAGCUGUGGUGGUUACUAAAGACUCAUGGGAGAAGUCAAUUCUAAAAAGUGAUACACCUGUUCUAGUUGAAUUUUAUGCAAGUUGGUGUGGUCCGUGCCGGAUGGUCCAUCGGGUAAUUGAUGAGAUUGCUGGAGAGUAUACUGGGAAACUUAAAUGCUAUAUGCUCAACACAGACUCUGACUUGCAGAUCGCUGAGGACUAUGAAGUCAAGGCUGUUCCUGUUGUGUUGCUGUUUAAGAAUGGAGUAAAACGUGAAACUGUGGUCGGAACCAUGCCUAAGGAUUUCUAUAUUUCUGCUAUAGAGAGGGUUCUGGAAUCAUAAAUGCAACUUGAUGCUUGACUAGAACAUCCAGGAAAUUCGAUUUUUUGUCAUAUGAUACCUUCUUGUUGAUAUUUUGAUUGGUCUCUCAGUUUAUCAAAUGUACAUCCCUUAGAUAAUUAGUUGCUGUUACCACCAGAGGUAAUGGACUAUAGUGGAUUUACCUUUCGGCUUCCCUCUUGUUAUGACUGUAUUUUGUAAGUGGGAACUUAUUUUUUAUCCCUACCAUGCGUAACCCAUAUUCCUAUGCAACAAUGUUCAGCAAAGGCAAUGUUUAAUGGAGCUCUUUACUUCUUAACAAA